CAAUGAUUGUGAUCCAAAACGAGAGGGCUAGGUACAGGAGGCGGUGGCUACCGAGGCUGCGGUGGGGGGCGCUCUUGUGCGCGAUGGUCCUCAUCUACGGCUCACAUGCUCCGCUUAUCUCUCUGAGCAAAGUCGAGGGCCGCGUCCCUUUCGACCCUUCCUUAUGCGUCGUCAUGAUCGAAUUGGCUAAGCUACUCGUGUCUUUCGCUGCUCUCGUUACGACUGGGGGCAUUUCGGCCUUACUCGCCCCUACCUCUCUGUUCCUAGUGGCCCCCUACGCCGUCCCCGCCGCGCUAUACGCCCUCAACAACAACCUGGUUGUUCUCAUGCAGGCUUAUAUGGACCCUAGCUCUUUCCAGGUUCUCAGCAACCUCAAAAUCGCCGCCACUGCUCUGCUUUACUCCCUGUGCUUGGGCAAGCGGCUGCGCUGGAGUCAGUGGAUGAGUCUGGGACUCCUCAUGGCAGCGGGAGUGUGCCACAGCUACUCCAGCCUAGACUCCGCAGACGUGGGCACUGCACAGCGAGGGCCCAAGCUUCAUAUCACAGGCCGGGGGCUCUUCCUCAUGCUGGUAUACUGCUGCGCAUCUGGGCUGGCGGCUGUUUAUACAGAGCGGGUGCUGAAGAGUCAGAAGCUGCCACUUAGCCUGCAAAAUCUCUACCUCUAUGUUUUUGGCGUGCUCAUCAACGGGUUGUCUGCCCUCUCUGCCCUUGCGAGUGACAAGAGCUUUUUGGAAGGAUACUCGUGGACAGUCUGGGCUAUCAUAGCGGGGCAGGCGGCUAACGGCCUCUUAAUGUCUGUGGUGUUGAAACACGGCAGCGGCAUUACUCGGCUCUUCGUCAUCUCCUGCUCCAUGUUGGUCAAUGCUGUGAUGUCAUGGGCAGUUUUAGGGCUGCAGCUUACUUUCUUCUUUCUGAUACCACUCGCCAUGGUUGCCUUGGCAGCUUUUCUUUACUACACGUAGUUGGAGUCUUCACAAAAAACUGUUUUUUUUUGUUUUGUUUUGAACUCAUUGUUUGGUUUCUCAUAUUGUUAUCUUGCUUUUUAAAAAAACACGUUUCUGUGUGUAAUAACAUGAAAACUAAACUUCUCCUUGACAAAUCAUUGCAAUUGUUACUUCCACACUCGCUGGACAAUUAUGUACAGAUUACGCAUAUCUAAGGUAAGAGAAUAUACUGCCUGCCCUUAGAUAGCACUGUGUAAGCCAUCCAUCCAUUUUUAUAUCGUGCCCGUCCUGAUUAGGGUCACGGGGUGAGUUGGAGCCUACCCGACCUGACUUUGUACCUUUUGUCCAAAGUCAGUUGGGGCAGCCUCGAGAUCAUCCACGACUAUAAAGUGGACAGGUGCUACAGAAAAUGGUUGGAUGAUUGCAUUUAAUUACUUGAACAACACUGUCAAUGACCACCACAGUAAUAGCCUCAAGUUGCAUAUACCUAAUGAAUUGUCCAGUGCGCAUAUGGCAUCAUUUUCAUGUUUUAUAAGUUUCAUGCAUGAUUCCCCUAUGGUUUGAGUGACAAAUGAUGCAAAUAAAUGUCACAUGCCAA